AUGCUGUCCGCAAAGAUAAAGUGGACUGCCGUUACGAUUCUUUUGCAUUGCAAUAUCCUCGUUACAGGCACGGAAACAGAGAAACGGAUUGAGCAGUGUUACCGUCGUCACAGCAGUUCCAACCAUGGCCACAAACUCAACGACAACGUUUACAAAACCUCCUUCCCUGGUGUGACGUGGGACGAGGAUAAUUGGCUUCUCAGCACGACGAAGCUAGACCAAGGACAUUACCAGUCUCGAGGUUCAGUGGCAAAUGGUUACUUAGGUAUCAACGUCGCUGCCGUGGGUCCAUUCUUCGAGAUAGACCUUGCUGAAGAGGGCGGCGUCAUCAAUGGCUGGCCGCUCUUCUCGCGACGGCAGACCUUUGCCACCAUUAGCGGCUUUUUCGACUCUCAGCCUAAAACGAAUGGAUCUAACUUCCCUUGGCUCAAUCAGUACGGCUACGAGAGCGUCAUCAGUGGUGUGCCGCAUUGGAGCGGGCUCAUUCUGGACUUGGGAGACGGGGAAUAUCUCGACGCCAGGGUUGAUAAUACAACCAUUUCCGACUUCAGAUCUACGUAUGAUUUCAAGGCCGGGGUCCUACAGUGGUCAUACAAGUGGACUCCUCGAAAGAAGGACUCCUCGUAUCAAAUCAAUUACCGCCUGUUUGCCAACAAGCUUCAUGUCAACCAGGCUGUGGUAGAUCUUGAGAUCAUCCCAUCUGCAGAUGCAGAAGCAACUAUCGUUAAUGUUAUCGAUGGGUACUCAGCUGUCCGCACAGACUUUGUCGAAUCAGGCCAAGAUGAUGAUGGCGCUAUCUUCUCAGCCGUGCGGCCAGUGGGUGUCGAAAACGUAACCGCUUAUAUCUAUGCUCAGGUAGCAGAGUCCAAGCAUCUGAACUUGUCACGACGGCAACUAGUAUACAACAAGCCUUAUGUUCACACGAACGACUCCUCUGUUGCGCAAGCAAUCCCUGUCAAGUUUUUAGCUGGGAAAGCUGUCCACAUCACCAAAUAUGUCGGAGCUGCUUCUUCCGACGCGUUUGAUGAUCCCAGAGCGAUAGCAAAGACGGCGUGUCGCAAGGCGUUGGCAAAUGGAUAUCAAGAGUCUUUGAAGUCGCACGUCAAAGAAUGGGCAAGUGUCAUGCCUGAUGAUUCUGUCGAUAGCUACGCCUCACCCAAGAAUGGCACGCUUCCCGCUGAUGAUUACAUUCUCGAUUCUGCAAUCAGUGCUGUCGCCAAUACGUACUACCUGUUACAAAACACAGUGGGCAAGAACGCAAUCAAGGCAGUAUCUGGAGCACCUGUGAACACUAACAGCAUCUCUGUUGGUGGUCUUACUUCAGAUUCGUACGCCGGCCUGAUCUUCUGGGACGCAGAACUCUUUAUGCAGCCUGGGCUUGUAGUAUCACAUCCUGAAGCUGCUCAGUGCAUAACGAACUAUCGUGUGAGCAAGUACGCUCAGGCGAAGGCCAAUGUGGCCACGUCUUUUACAGGUUCUCAGAACGAGACCGACUUUUCCUCGUCAGCCGCUGUGUAUCCUUGGACAAGCGGGCGUUAUGGAAACUGCACCGGUACUGGCCCCUGCUGGGACUAUCAGUACCAUUUGAACGGAGACAUUGGAAUCUCCAUGGUUAACCAAUGGGUGACAAGUGGAGACACGGAGUUCUUCAAGAAGGAUCUUUUCCCUGUUUACAACUCGGUAGCCAAUCUCUAUGCCGAUCUCCUCAAGCCUAAUGGAUCAUCUUGGACAAUUACUAACAUGACCGAUCCUGACGAGUACGCUAAUCAUGUAGACGCUGGCGGCUUUACCAUGGCUAUUGUUGCGGAAACCUUGAUGCAGGCGAACAAGUUCCGCGAUAAAUUUGGACUAGGAGAGAACGACACCUGGGACGAGAUGGCUUCAGACGUUCUCUUGAUCCGUGAGAAUGGGGUGACCCUUGAGUUCACAACUAUGAAUGGGAGCGCUGUUAUAAAACAAGCGGAUUUGGUUUUGAUGACGUUCCCUCUGGGAUACAGUGACAACUACACCGACCAACAAGGGCUGAAUGAUCUUGACUAUUACGCGAACAAGCAGUCUCAGGAUGGACCUGCUAUGACCUGGGCAAUCUACUCAAUUGUCGCAGACGAGCUGUCACCAUCAGGUUGCUCCGGGUAUACUUAUGCCCAGAAUUCUUACAGGCCAUAUAUCCGCCCACCUUUUUACCAAAUUUCCGAACAGGUCAUCGACGAUGCGACGGUCAACGGCGGCACCCACCCAGCUUAUCCUUUCCUCACUGGGCAUGGCGGUGCUAACCAGGUGACGGUCUUUGGCUAUCUUGGAUUACGUCUAGUUCCAGAUGACGGGAUCCAUGUCAAUCCUAACCUGCCGCCUCAGAUUCCGUACAUGAGGUACCGCACGUUUUAUUGGCAUGGUUGGCCUAUUUCGUCCUGGUCUAACUACACCCAUACCACUAUUCAUCGACACCCGACUACUCAGCCUCUCGAUGUUGCGGAUCCAGCGUACGCCAAUAGAAGCAUCAAAGUCUAUGUAGGACCAAAAGAAGCUCCCGCUGUUCAACAUCUCUCUUUCAGUAAACCAGUCGUUAUUCGGAACAGAGCAAUAGGCACCAACAGUACCGUCAAGGGGAACCUUGCUCAGUGUCGGCCUGUGAAGGCUUCCGGCUCAUACGAACCGGGCCAGUUUCCGAUUGCGGCCGUGGAUGGCGCUACCUCCACGAAAUGGCAACCCUCUAAAGCCGCCGAGCUCAAUUACCUGACUGUCUCUUUGGCUGAGCAAGAUGUGGGUUCUAUGGUUACAGGUUUCUACUUCGUUUGGGACAAGGAUCCCCCUGUCAACGUCACUGUUCUUUUUCACAACAAGACUCUUGAUAAUCCAGCCAAGGCCUACGCUUCAUCGAAUGGAGAUUCAGAUUAUGAUGUCGUGUUGACAAUUAAACAUGUUGAACAAUCCGAUCCUUAUCUGAAAACCACGGACCUAAACGCUAUCGCUAUGCCUACUUCAAACACCACCAACAUAACUCUUCCGAAUCCCGUGCCGCUACCAAGAUAUGCCUCUCUUCUUAUCAUUGGGAACCAAGCCCUGAACAAUGUCGAUAUUCGCGCCAAGAACCGUACUGGCGCAACUGUUGCAGAAUGGGCUAUUCUUCACUAA